AAUGCUUUAAAUCACUGGUUUCUAACAAAUGAGCUAUGGUCGGUAAAGUUUGCAGCAUUUUUCACAGCAACAUAUUUUCGGAGCAAAAAUAUUUGGCCCGCGAAUCUUAACAGGUAGUAAUUAACAGGGUUUACUUAAUAAGGUAAAUGCUAUGCCGUUGAUAGUGGCAGAUACUGCACCUGUAAUGGUCCAAUUGGGGUUGAAAUAUUUAGCUAUUAUAUUAUUUGUUAUAUUUGCUGGUUAUGUUCGACAUUUAGUAACAAUUUAUGUUCAAGAUCCGUAUAUUGAUGAGAUUUUCCAUUUACGACAAUGUCAAAAGUAUCUAGACUAUAAAUUUUAUGAAUGGGAUGAUAAGAUCACUACUCCACCAGGAUUAUACUUAUUAGGAUUUAUAUACUCCAAAGUGAUAGAAAUAUUAUCAUUUAAACAAUUGAAUAAUAAUUAUGAAAUAUUAAGAUCAUUAAAUUUAGUAGGUGGAUUAUUUAUAUUACCUAUAAUUGUUAGAACAUUUAAGAAAUCAUUUGAUAAUCAAUUAUGGACAAUUAAUUUAAUUUCUCAACCAUUAUUAUUUACUUAUUAUUUUUUAUUCUAUACGGAUGUUUGGUCAACUAUUCUUAUUUUAGGAUCUUUAUCCUUAGUAAUUAAUAAACCUCAUACAAUUGGAAAAGUAUAUUUAAGUGCAUUACUUGUAUUCUUCAGUUUAUGGUUUAGACAAACAAAUAUAGUAUGGUCAGCCUUUAUUGUUUCAGUGUUGAUAGAUAGAAGUAUCUUAUUAAAAAGAAAUGAACAUAUCAAUUCCAUAACGAGAAUCAUAAAAUUCAUAAUCCAAACUAUUAAGGAUUGGAUAAAGAUAAUUCCAUUCAUAAUUAAUUUUGUAUUAUUUAUUAUAUUUAUUAAAAUUAAUGGUGGUAUUACCUUUGGUGAUAAGGAGAAUCAUGAAGUUAAUUUCCAUGUAGUACAAGUAUUCUAUUGCUUUGUAUUUACGAUAUUCUUUACUUGGCCUGUUUGGUUAUCAUCCCGUAUAAUUAUUAAAUAUAUCAAGUUCCUUAUUAUUAACAAUUAUGGAUUAAAUAUAGUUUUUAAUGCCUUAGCAUUAUACAUCAUUAAAUAUAUCAUUGAUAACUUCACAGUAAUACAUCCAUUUUUAUUGGCUGAUAAUCGUCAUUAUACAUUCUAUAUCUUCAAGAGAUUAAUCAGUCAUAAAUAUAGUCAAUUUAUUACUAUUCCAUUAUAUCAUUUCUCAUCUUUUAUUAUAGUUACUGCAUUGUUAGAAUCUAAAAGGAUUAAAUUAUCCUUCAUUACUAUCAUAUCAUAUUUCAUAGCAAUAUUAUUAACAAUUGUUCCAUCUCCAUUAUUUGAACCAAGAUAUUAUAUCUUACCAGUAAUAAUAUUUCGACUUUUCAUUCUGCCAGGUUCAAGACAAAGACAUUUUAGAGAAUUCUUAUGGUUAAAUACUAUCAAUAUUAUAACAGCCUAUAUAUUCUUUACAUAUGAAUUCACCUGGGCAAGUGAGCCAGGAAUUAUUCAAAGAAUAAUAUGGUAAAAAUCAAAUCUAAUAAUAAAUACAUAUAUACUCUAAAU